AUGGGCAGCUCCCUGGGCUCACCCCAGAGAUCGCUGUCUGCCCCAAGGAACCCAAGGCCUAGGCCUUGGUCUGAGUGGGUUCAGCAAAGCCCUAGACCUAAGGUCCCUGCCCACCUCCACACGCCCCAGAGAGCGCUGGGAACCUGGAGGCGCUCUGCCAUCAGACCUUCUACAGAUGCCACCCUAGGCCUGGAUCUCUCUAAUGCCUGGGACACCUAUAUGAAACGAUGGCUUUGGAGUGUACGGAACCCUGGGUGGACCUGCAGCCCGGUGACAGUCAAGAUUGCCCCUCCUGAAGGCAGAAGUAGUACGCUGACCUCUUCAGGACCGGGAGUACGCAUUCCAGAGCAUCCUGAGAAGCUCCCCGACCCCUGUGCCAAGGAGACAGUGCUGAGGGCUCUCAGCCAGUGCAAGAAGGGGGCUAGACGAUUUGAUGGGCCUCUUUGGUUCGAAGUCCCAGAGGUGAAAAACAGAAGACAGAACCCCGAACCCAAGCGUUCUUCAGCCUUUAAACCGUGGAUAAAAAACGGAGUGGUUACUUCCUUUGUUCCUAAGCCUGGACCUCUGAAACGAAGCAUUGACUACAUGAGCUUCAAUGUCUGUAAGAAAGAAACUGACCUCCAGUCCUGUAUCCACACAGCCACGAAUGCUGUCUCAGAGCCUCACAUGGAAAGCUUUGAGAAGUCCCGGGUCUCCUGUGAUCCUUGUCUAUCUCCUGGGCCCAAGUCUGGAUCUUACGGAGUCUCCUUGGCUGGUGGGGAUUUCCAUUCUUGUCUGAGUUCUGCCAUCCCCUUUGGAGACUCUAGUGGACUUGGACCCUCUGACUCUGCAUUCUAGCCCAGUUCAGGAUGCAAUACUUGGCUUCAGCUCCCUUUGUCCUGGCCUGUCAAGCUCAAGCCAUCUCUUCUGCUCUUGCCCAUAAGGACCUUCUACCUUUCAAGCCCAUACCAACAUCUUGGAAUUUGUCGCUCCUUCCUAUUUGCCCAUUUUGCAUAGUGAAACAUUGACUUAUUAAAAUGGUAUCAA